AUGGACGGGGAGGAGCUCGGUCCGGGGCGCCCUGCCUGGCCCGAGCCCGCUGACUGCCGCCCGGAGGGGCCGCGCCGGAGCGCGGAGAUGCUGCCGCUGCCCGUGGAGUCUGGCGACGCGCUCUCCUGGCUGGAAGCCGCCCUGGCCGCCGCCCUGGCGCUGGGGCUCCUGCUGGCCCUGGCUUGGCACCUGUGGGCCCUCCGCUGGCGCCUGAGCCGGGACCGCGCCAGCCCCCUGCCCCUGCCCCAGGGCUCCAUGGGGUGGCCCUUCUUCGGCGAGACGCUGCACUGGCUGGUCCAGGGCUCCAGCUUCCACAGCUCCCGGCGGCAGAAGUUCGGCGCCGUCUUCAAGACCCACCUGUUGGGCAGGCCGGUGAUCCGCGUCAGCGGCGCCCAGCAGGUGCGCAAGAUCCUGCUGAGCGAGCACAGCCUGGUGAGCGCCCAGUGGCCGCUCAGCGCCCAGAUCCUGCUGGGAUCCCACACCCUACUCAGCGCCGGCGCCGAGACCCACCGGCAGCGCAGGAAGCUCCUGGCCAGGGUCUUCAGCCGCUCGGCCCUGGACAGCUACCUGCCCCGCAUCCAGAAGCUGGUGAGCGCCGAGCUGCGCGCCUGGUGCCGGGAGCCCGGGCCCGUGGCCCUCUACUCCGCCGCCAAGGGCCUGACCUUCCGCGUGGCGGCCGGCGUCCUGCUGGGGCUCCGCCUGGAGGAGAAGCGCUUCGCCCAGCUGGGACGCGCCUUCGAGCAGCUGGUGGACAACCUCUUCUCCCUGCCGCUCAACGUGCCCUUCGGCGGCCUGCGGAAGGGAAUCAAGGCCCGGGAUCUGCUACACCAGUACAUGGAGAAGGCCAUCGAGGAGAAACUGCAGCAGAAGGACCUGGAGGCCGACAGUGGCGCUCUGGAUUUCAUCAUUGACAGCGCCAAGGAGCAUGGCAAAGAACUGUCCAUGCAGGAGCUGAAGGAGUCUGCCAUUGAGCUGAUAUUUGCGGCUUUCUUCACGACAGCCAGCGCCAGCACUUCUCUGGCCCUCCUUCUGCUGAAACACCCCUGGGCCAUCCAAAAAAUCCAGCAGGAGCUGGCGUCCCAUGACCUCCUCCGGCGGUGCCACUGCUUUGUCACGGGCCCAUCUCCAUCAGGCCAAGAGACCGGCCCAAAGACAGUUGGCGAACAAGAGGUUCAAAAGGGAGACUCCAAGCCACCUUUCCCACCCAAACUGGAACGUAAAGCUGGAACAGACUCAAGAGGGAAGGAGAGAGCCUCCGUCAUGCAGCCCCAUGUGGCCAGAUCAGUCCAGGAAACAAGCUGCUCUGGGACUACAGGCUUGGAAAGAGGGGAGGAAGCAGGCCGGCUCUUCGGCAGGCCAGAAGGACCCGAGUGCUAUUGCCAAGCAUCCCUGACCCUGGAGAAGAUGAGCCGGCUGCGCUACUUGGAUUGCGUCAUCAAGGAAGUCCUCCGUUUGCUGCCCCCGGUGUCUGGAGGCUACCGGACCGCCCUGCAGACCUUUGAGCUGGAUGGCUACCAGAUCCCCAAAGGAUGGAGUGUCAUGUACAGUAUCCGGGACACGCAUGAGACUGCCGGCAUCUAUCAGAGCCCCCUGGAUACCUUCGAUCCUGAGCGCUUCUGGGUGCCCCAGGAAGAGGGCGAGGAACACAAAGUCGCCAGCGCUGACCGUUUCCACUACAUCCCCUUUGGCGGGGGAGUCCGAAACUGCAUUGGCAAAGAACUGGCCCAGGCUGUCCUCAAGCUGCUUGCUGUGGAGCUGGUCAGCACAGCCCACUGGGAGCUGGCCACCCCUCACUUCCCCAAGAUGCAAACAGUGCCGAUUGUGCACCCCGUGGACGGCCUGCAGCUCUACUUUCGUUCCCUGAAGCCUGGAAGAGGAAGUGGCGAGCCAGACGAGGCAGAAACUUGA